AGACCCGAAUCAUUUUGGCAUCAGCAAUGUGAGUGAUUACAUUCUCACGUUGAUGUCACAUAAAUAUUUGAAAAAAUUUCUCGAUGAGAAUUAUGUUCGACGCAUCGUGCUUGCAAAGCCUCCAUCAGCUCUCGGAUAUUACUUUCCCAAUAUCAGAUCCAUCCCGAUGGUCUACAUGGGAAAGUAACCUAUCGCAGGGACUUGCAUAUGAUAAAAACAACUUGUAUUAUACGUCUGCAGUGUCACCGAGACUUAAAGGUAGUUGGGAGGGCAUCGCAAUGAUCGCUGACCACUUGAACUGGCGGAAAUAUUCUCGAUUGGGACAACUGGGAGGUAUAGUCUCCCUACCUUUUCCAGCGACAGAGGCAACAUUCAUCGAUCUGUGCUCCAACUUCUCCACUGGUUUAUGAAGUAAGGUGAGAAUCAUGUUGACUCCUUGAUCGCACGAACAGUGACAAAGCAAUAUGUGAUUCUACAUACAGCUUUUCAAGGCGAAGCAUAACUCGAGGGUCACUGGA